CCGGCGGCCGGAGGUGGGCCUCGCUCCCUGACCGGUGACACAAAGCAAAUCCAAGAUGGCGGAGGCGGGCGCGAGCAGCCCGCACGGAGGGGACGCGGCGCUGCCGUGCCCGCCCGAGGAGCAGGAGCUGAGCCGGCGCCUGCGCCGGCUCUACCCCGCCGUCAACCAGGAGGAGACGCCGCUGCCGCGGUCCUGGAGCCCCAAGGACAAGUACAACUACAUCGGCCUCUCGCAGGGCAACCUGCGCGUCCACUACAAAGGUCAUGGUAAGAAUCACAAAGAUGCUGCCUCAGUCAGGGCUACGCACCCUAUACCUGCAGCCUGUGGCAUUUAUUAUUUUGAAGUGAAGAUCGUCAGUAAAGGUAGAGAUGGGUAUAUGGGAAUAGGACUUUCUGCUCAAGGAGUCAACAUGAACAGGCUUCCUGGAUGGGAUAAACAUUCCUAUGGGUACCACGGGGAUGAUGGGCACUCCUUCUGCUCUUCGGGGACAGGACAGCCCUAUGGCCCUACAUUCACCACUGGAGAUGUGAUCGGCUGCUGUGUCAACCUCAUCAACAACACCUGCUUCUACACAAAAAAUGGCCACAGCUUAGGUAUAGCCUUUACAGACCUCCCUUCAAAUCUUUACCCUACAGUGGGUCUCCAGACUCCAGGAGAGAUAGUCGAUGCCAACUUUGGGCAGCAGCCAUUUGUGUUCGACAUUGAGGACUACAUGAGGGAGUGGCGAGCGAAGAUUCAGAGCACCAUUAAGCGGUUUCCCAUAGGAGACAGAUUAGGCGAGUGGCAAGCCAUGCUGCAGAAUAUGGUUUCAUCGUAUUUGGUUCAUCAUGGGUACUGUUCAACAGCAACUGCCUUUGCCAGAAUCACAGACACCACAAUCCAGGAAGAACAGACCUCAAUAAAGAAUAGACAAAGAAUACAGAAGCUAGUGUUAGCAGGCAGAGUGGGAGAGGCUAUAGAAGCCACCCAGCAGCUCUAUCCUGGCCUCCUAGAACAUAACCCCAACCUGCUCUUCAUGUUAAAGUGUCGGCAGUUUGUGGAGAUGGUGAAUGGGACAGACAGUGAAGUCCGUUGUUUCAGUGCCCGCAGCCCGAGAUCCCAGGACAGUUACCCCGGGUCCCCCAGCUUAAGUCCUAGACAUGGAUCAAACAACUCACACGUUCAUAGUACCGGAGCAGAUAGUCCAACCUGUAGCAAUGGAGUCGUGUCCACGAAAAGCAAACAGAGUCACAGUAAAUACCCAACACUGAGUUCAUCAUCUUCAUCUUCCUCUUCCUCCUCCCCCUCAUCUGUGAACUACUCAGAGUCCAAUUCUACAGAUUCUACAAAAUCUCAGCAGCACAGUAGCACGAGUAAUCAAGAAACCAGUGACAGUGAGAUGGAAAUGGAAGCUGAGCAUUACCCUAAUGGUGUCCUGGAAAAUUCAUCUACCAGGAUAAUGAAUGGCACCUACAAACAUGAAGAGAUCCUGCAGACAGAUGAAUCCAGCAUGGAAGACAGCUGCCCCCAGAGGCAGGUCUGUGGAGGGAACCAUGCUGCCACGGAGCGAAUGAUCCAGUUUGGACGCGAGCUGCAGAUUCUGAGCGAGCAGCUUUGCAGGGAAUACGGAAAGAACACAAUGCACAAAAAGAUGCUUCAGGAUGCAUUCAGCUUGUUAGCUUAUUCAGAUCCUUGGAACUGCCCCGUUGGUCAACAGCUGGACCCAAUCCAGAGGGAACCCGUGUGUGCUGCUCUUAAUAGUGCUAUAUUGGAAUCUCAGAACCUGCCAAAGCAGCCCCCACUGAUGCUUGCCCUGGGCCAGGCCUCGGAGUGUUUGCGGCUUAUGGCUCGCGUGGGCUUGGGCUCCUGUUCCUUUGCCAGAGUAGACGACUAUUUGCACUAGCUACCAGAGCAAGAUGGAGUUGACGUCAUUGAGUGCUGCCCUUCACCUUCCGUUGCUGCCACUCUACAUGACCACCUCGUUCAAUAGCCUGACCUCCUUUCCAACACCCCCUCUAACACAAACACACACUGCCUGUGAACUGAUUGAGUGAGUCCCUCACUGUGUGGCUAUUCCCAACCCCAGGAACGGCUGGCAGAUCUUACCUAUCUCUCUGCCAUUGCUGUGGCUCCAGCGGCACGCAGUAUUUCGCUGGUUAUUCUAAUGUAGCACCUUCUGAUGUAGGGAUUUCUCUUUUGGUUUGAGUUGUUUCUCAUGGAUCCACCAAUAUUUUAUCUGGAGAGUUUUGCUGAGCUGGUUUCUGCUGAUUUACUGAGGAAGCUCAUCAAGUUGCUGACAGCUUGUUCUUUUCUUCCCUUCUCCCUCCAUUGUGCACAUACAGCAUCAUCUUCUGUGCUAGUUAUCUGAACUCUUCUCACAGCAGCAGCUCAGAGGGAAUUUUCUAUUUUAUUUGAAUCCUGUAUAUUAAAAAGGUCUCUUCCACCUCCACAAAGUCAUUGAUGUAUUUAUUGCCCACAGACUCAGUCCCAGCCAUACAUACAACUCUUCAGGAGAUCUGGUGAGGUACGUCCUGUCGUGCGCUAGUGAUGAAAAGUGGAGGAGCUUGGUCCUUCAUGGUGCAUGCCUCUCUUAAGAGACAUCCUUGUCUUUGUGAGUGGGAAGAUUAGAAGACUUGACAUUGCCUCUGUUAGUGGCUGAAAUAUAGCAGCAUCUCACAGCCCUGAGAAAUGGGUACAUCAAGCUCUCACAGCAGUUAGAAGGACAAGACUGAUGAAUAUUAAGUUAUCUACUAGUGUGUUGGUAGAAGCAGGAAAGUUAUCAACUAGUGUGUUGGCCUCCAGGAAACAUCCAUGGAUGCUGCUGGUUGGGCUGUCAGUUUAGGUGUUAAAUCACAACCACCCCUUUUUCUUCAUAUAGGGGGGCUCUGUCACUAAAACUCAGUAACAAUAGUACUUACUGCCUCUCCCCAGGUAACACCGAUCUAAAUGAGCACUUUUAAGUUUUGGAAGUGUCUUGGGAACAGUAAGCUGGCCUGUUCUUACCCUUGCAGGUGGCACAUGCUGAGAUCAGGCUGUGGUUUAGAUCAGUACCAACUUUGUAAGGUCUGAGCCAUUCAGAAGGAAACAGCAACAUUACAGAGUGCUAAGAAAAUUAUUCUAGUUUCAGGCCCAAAGUAAGGAUCUGUGCAUGAGUAACCUCCAAGUAAGGCAGAUUAAUGUUUCCCUCUGCAGUAUGUAUCAAACCCAGGGACUUGAGUGCUGCUGAGCUUCUGGCAUUCAAAUCAUCUGCCUGUAAGCGCUUCUGAGCAUGUACUUUCAAGUGGUGAGGCUGUGCAGCAGGACUAUGUGCUUUGCAUCCACUGGUAUACCCUUGGGAGACUUCAGGUUUGAUUUGGCUGCACAGAAGGAAGUGUAAUUCUGCACCAAAUGAGUUUUAGGUCAGUAGCUCUGAGGAGGGCCCAGGGGAGCUGAGACCCAACAUGUAUUUUACUGCUGUUUAUGAAUUUUUUUUUUUGAAAGGUCAGUGAAAGAGGAAGAGAUUGUGUUGAAGUUUGCCCUGAAAAUGGAGGUUAGCCAGUGCCAGGGCUUCAUACAGACAGACAGGUUGUGUGCUGCUGAAGAAGGGAAGGUGCUGUGUGACCUCCGUGCAGAGCAUUAAGGAUUUUCUGCAUUUGCAGGCUUGGUUUGCAGCUGGAACAUAAGGUCUGAAACCAAGGUAGAGCAGGAGUCAGGUGUCCCCUACACUGCAGAAGGCAAGUAUGGCAGUGAAUGUGCAGAUGGUGUUGGAGAUGGUUGGGAAUGCCUGUAACUACCUUUUAGUGAAGGUGAACGAUGUAUAAAGUCAGUGCUUCAGCCAUGAUGGCCUAAGAAAACACGCAACAUGAGGUUUAGAGAUGGAGAUUUUUAUUAGAUCAACUCAGCUGAAAAAAGCAGAGGGAGGAUUUCUGUGUACCGCAGCUCUUCUUCUAGACACACAGGAGCAGAGAACUGCACCAUGCAGAAUUUAACUUGCAAAUCUGGGGCAAAUCUGUUUCAGUUCUGGGAACAGCUCGUGCCUGAAAGCUCCACUACUGACUCUCAACUCUGCUCUUUGUCCUAGUGAAGGCUGUUACCCAGCCUGCAGUCCUUUCCUGGCUGCAGUUGCAGAGACACUUAACUCCUUUCUGAAGCCCUUAUGUGCCUGUGCCAAACCUGAGGCAGCACUUGAACUUGUCCUGGUGAGAGAUUCUUCUGCAGGCUCUCCAUUUCUUAGAUCCAGGCUUAAGGCAUGCUGAGGGGCUUAUUGUGGGAACUUAGGCUGGAAAUACCAUGGUGCCUGGCUUUGCCUUUCACAUAUGGCGGCUUCCUCCGCUGUUGGUCACCAUUCAGUUUGCUGCUGUCUGGCUGCAGUCAGGCCUCUCUCAUCUUUGUAACAUAAUCUUUAUCUCUUUCUAAGCUUUUUUGUUCCUCCUUUUGGUGGUUCCUUUAAGCCAAGUCUCUGUCAUGUGUCAUAUUAAUGCCUCAGUCUCUCAGCAAAGCUGUACUGACUAUCCUGGAGCAUUUUAUUUUGCAUUGUUUUCCUCUUCACUACAAAAACCCCAAGAGAUGCUCCUAGAUACUGCAUUAUUCAGGUGCCAAGAAAUUCUGGUGUGAUGAGAUGGUGUGUCUGGCUUCUCAUGGAGAGCAUCCCUGUGGUAGAAACCAUCUUGCUCUUCUGUCAGGGUUAGUGCUGAGGGGUCACAAUCUUACUGGUGAUUAAUUGUCAGUGUCCCUCACUGCCAUGAAUGAUGUGCAGCACUGAUGAUGGCAGCAGAUCCCUGUAGAUGAGAAAGCAAUGAUGCUUUCCACGUCUUGCACUCAAAGUGAUAAGCCAGCUUGAGUUGUUCUUCCUUUUCUGCUUGACCCACUUCCUGACCAGCCUUACUGCUGUAACCAAUACCCAUCGCUGCUGCCAGCUUCAUCUUGCCUGCUCUUGUACCUGCUGUUCUGAUUCUAGUUUUUGAGGAGUGCAAAGGCUUUUCUGCUGUGACAUAUCUGUCACCCGUUACUUGUUUGGGUUUUUUUAUUUCAAGUGUUCUUGUGGUUUUACUAGUGGUUUCUGAUUGUUGUACUCAGACUCUGACUAAAGCAACCAUGACUCCAUGUGGGGAUGCGUAAGUGUGUUUGUGGUGUGUGGGGUGUAGGUGUAGGCUUCAGCCUACCAUGGAUUUCUAGACAAGAUGUCUGACUUGGUUUUCCCAGACUAUUUUUCAAAGCCUUUUGGUCUUUGAAUGUCCCUGGCUGCUCCUUGAUGUUUCAUGUCAGCUGAGGCUUGGUUUCAAUUGUUACAGUCAUUAAAAAAAAACAAACAGAACUGAACUGAAUUGAGGUUUUUAACUUUUAAUUGUGGUUGUGCAUCUAACCAGAAGCUACGUGCAGUUUAAAAGUUAUUUUUUUUAAAGUGAUCUGGGAUUUGUUAUUCCAAAUGCUUCAUACUUUGCUCAGAAACAGGUCUUAGAAUCAUAGAAUAAUAAGACCAGGUUGGAUGGGGCCUUGAGCAACCUAGUCUAGUGGAAGAUCAUCCACUUCGAACCCCCUGCCACGGGCAGGGACACCUUCCACUAGAUCAGGUUGCUCAAGGCCCAUCCAACCUGGCCUAAGAACACCCCAGCUGAGACUCUGCUUCAUCUGGGCAAUCCCUCACAGUGUGACUUCUCCCAGGAGUCCUUCAGUAAAGCCACGCAAAUGAUUGAGUAGCGCCUUGUAGAAACUGCUGAUGUCCCAUUUCUAGGUGAGUAGGACAAGGUCUCAGCUAUGGCCCUGUUUUAUCAUAUAAUGAAUCACAGACUGGUUUGAGUUGGAAGGAACCCUAAGGAUUAUCUAGUUCCAACCAUCCUGCCACAGGCGGGGAUACCUUAUAAUGUUGAUGCCUGUGUUGCUCUCUACUGGGCUGGACUUCAGAUCCUAGGAAGAGGUUUUUCCAAACUACAGCCAGGCAUUGCUCACGUUUCUCAUCAUGCAGUCCCAAGAGAGGCUUUAUAGCUAUGGCAUACUUCUCAGGACAUGAAAUGCUGCCGCUAUAAUAACUAAACCUCUUAUAGCUCUUCUGUGUCUGCACAUCUAGGGGGUCUCAGCUGUCCACUAAUCAGUCCAGAGUCAGCACCAAAGAGCUGUAAUCUACAGAGUAGCAAGCACACUCCAGCUACUUGGCUGGUGGACUUGGCAGUCCUGGGGUGACAGUUGGGCUUGAUGAUCUUUAAGGUAUUUUCCACCCUAGUUGGUUCUAUGAUUCUAUGUACUCUGGACACCAGCCACUCUACCCAUUUUCCUCCAACACUGCAUUGCAGCAAGGGCCUCUCAGAAAGAUAAUGUUUCACAGGGACCUAGUGAAAACCUGCUUUUAAGGGUGUUGAACUGCAGCCUUGCACAUCAUGGGCUUUUGUUUUGAGCCUAAUGCCCUGCCUUGUUAAGUGGCCCUUUGAAAAACAGCAUUUUGGGAACUCCAGACUUGGAGCCUUGUUCUUUGGGGGUUCUGUUUAGAGAGCUUCAUGGAGCUGAAUUGCAUCACCAGGCUUUUCUCCUCACAGACAAGGGUUCGUGCUGUCCGCACAAGCAGUGAGUGCAGUCACAUCAACAGUAACAUGGGAGAACUUCGGAAUGAUUGAUCCAGGAGGUGGAUGCAUUGGAGUAGGUGGGAAAAAUGCUUCUGGGAGCUGUAUCCACCUCAUACACCUUGUAUUCCAAUUCUGACCAUCUUAGUGGCUUCUGCUGGAUGCAUUCCAGGGCUGUGUCUCCUGUACCAGGGGAGCCAAAUCUUGUUCCUCUUAGAACCAUCUUGUUCUGAAUGACUCCUCUUGUGGCUUCAUGAUCCUAUCCUAGCAGGUAUUUAACAAAAACUGAUUCAAGACUUGCAGGCUUGAGUGAGCUCUCAGUCAGGCUUUCCUGCAAGCAGGCAGGGCAGCAGUCUGUUUCCCAUCCGUCCUUAGAUGUGCUCUCAGAGCCAGCUGUUUGGGGGAAGCUUCUUACUGCUCUCAGGUCUCUUUUCUUGCUCCUUUGCCUCACACAGUCCCAGUGUUCUCUCAUCUGUGUGACCACCAGAGGUAGUAUCUGUAAUGUUUGGCGCUGCAGAAGCUGCAGGGUCAACACUGCAGGUCGUGGCUACAGCGUCUUCAUUGAGCAUGGACAUGGCAACUCCAACUGCUCUUCCUGGGCUUGUUUCUGCUGCGCUGGCCUGAAGGGCAGAUCUGUGUGUGACCAUCCCUUUUUGUCAUCGUUCAGGGUCCCGUCAGCCUGCAGCUUGGCUGGCUGUAGCACUUCUGUUGUUCUUUUGGAGUUGGUUAGGAAUUUAGCCUUUCUGUGUGGCCAGCAUCACAGAGAGAGACCUCCAAAGUAAGCACCGAGUAUGUGACAUCUAGGUGUUUGGGGGAGGUUGUCCAGCGGCUGCUCUCCUUCCCUUCCAGCUCCCACGUGUACCAGAACUGCAGCUUAUUGCUGUGGGACAUGCGGUAGAAGGUGUGUGGUUCCCAGUGCUAUAGAAUCAUAGAAUCAUAGAAUAAUUAGGGUUGGAAAGGACCUUAAGAUCAUCUAGUUCCAACCCCCCUGCCAUGGGCAGGGACACCUCGCACUAAACCAUGUCACCCAAGGCACUAUCCAGUCUGGACUUGAACACGGCCAGAGAUGGAGCAUUCACAACUUCCUUGGGCAACCCAUUCCAGUGCCUCACCACUCUCACAGUAAAGAACUUCUUCCUUAUAUCUAACCUAAACUUCCCCUGUUUAAGUUUGAACUCAUUACCCCUUGUCUUAUCACUACAGUCCCUAAUGAAGAAUCCCUCUCCAGCAUCCUUGUAGGCCCCCUUCAGAUACUGGAAGGCUGCUCUGAGGUCUCCACUCAGCUUCUCUUCUCCAGGCUGAACAGCCCCAACUUUCUCAGCCUAUCUUCAUAUGGGGGUGCUCCAGCCCCCUUAUUAUCCUUGUGGCCCUCCUCUGGACUUGCUCCAACAGCUCCAUGUCCUUAUGUUGAGGACACCAGAACUGUACACAGUACUCUUAAGUGAGAUCUCACGAGAACAGAGUAGAGGGGCAGGAUCACCUCCUUCAACCUACUCGUCACGCUUCUUUUGAUACAGCUGAGGAUACAGUUGGCUUUCUGGGCUGCGAGCGCACACUGCCGGCUCAUGUCCAGUUGCUCAUCAACUAACACCCCCAAAUCCUUCUCUGUUUGUAUUUCCAAUAUCCUCGUGGUGCUGACUGUGCUGCUGCCCACCCGAUGUGGACACCAGGAGAUGCAGCUGUGACUGGUGCGGAGAAUGGGCCCCUUUGAGGGCAUUGUUCCUCGUGGCUGUGUAUACCAGGCAUUUUGCCGUCUGCUUCCUUGUUCCUUCUGGUUUUUCACAGUGACAUCUCAACCUGUCCUUGAGCUGUGUCCUUAUUUUUCACACAGUCUUAUUAAGGCAUCUUUACUGUUCUUUAAAUAGCUUUGUUCUUGAGGCUUCCUUGAACAACUGGAACAACCAAAGCUGGUGUAACUAGCUCUGGAUAUUGAACUUAUCAUUUUCCUCCUUAGAAAUCAGGGGUUAUGAGCUGUCUUCUUCUUCAGCAAAGCAAACCUUGUUGGAUUGCUGCAAUGCUGCUGUGCUUUGGUACCUGUUUUUUAAUACUCACAUAGCACAUGUUGCUUAGAUGCAAGUUUCAGAGUUCCUUCUGCCAUCAUGGAGUUGAAUGAGAAGGUGAACUGUGGCAGCCGGGCUGUGUGGUAGCACAUAGAUGCCAUGAAGGUGCACAACACAGCAUUGGGAAGUGCUUUCCAUGAAGAAGCAGUGUGCAGACUUCAACUGCCCCAUGGGACAACAAGCAGAGAGGUCCAUCACACUUCAGUCCCAUGGAGCUGGUCACAGCAUGAGAGAAGGAACAUGUUCCUUGAAAAGGUGGUCCUGGUCCACCCAGGAUGCCCCUUUGUAGAAGAAAUAGCUUCCUUCAAACCCUGCCAGUGUUAGAGCAGCCCGAGUUGUGGAUCUGGAGCAGAGUAGGUCUCUUGUAGAGAGCUGGUUUGGGGCUCCAGCUCUGCAUGUCCAUCCCUAAAUGUUACUGCAUGAAGGUUGAGGGGGGCCAUGACAGGGGAGAUGUGCUGUGUGCUGCUGGGACCCUUCUGCCCUAGUGAUGGAGGGACCUCCAGUUCAGCAGCUCCUAGACAGAGACAAAAUCUGGCUGUGAGCCAUGUCCCAUCUGCUGUGUAGGUCAGAGAGCUGGAGGUAGUGUUGGUGGGUUGUGUGUGUGGGGAUGUUACAGCAGAUUUGGGGAGGAAAGGGGAGCGGUUGAGAGCUCAGAGGUCUCCUCCAGAGGAAGCGCUAGCUGCUCUCCACCAUCCCGCUCUGCAACAAGAGGUGGCAGGGGAUGAACGAAUGAACAUGGCAUGUCUGUCCCUCUCCCUGCAUCCCACACCAGUGCACAGAGCCCAGCAAGCCACAGGUUCAUCCAGGCCUGAGGAGCAUGUCCUGCUGGCUGUGUUUUCUUCCAAGAGGGAGGCUUAACUCUCUCGUGCUCGCAGGAAGCCAAGUCCUGUGUGGGAUUUACACUCGCAUUGCUGCAGAAACAUUCCUGGAGACCAUGCAAACCUCUGCUCCUUGUUGAUCUUCCUCUGGCCCGGCAGAC